GUCACUGUCAAGUCAAAUUUGACAUAUUGGCGAUAUCGAAUUUUUUCAUUGCGUGUAAACAGCAACAACUUUCCCAAAUAUUGUUUAUUUAUUGUUGGAAUUGCCGAUGGAAGUGCAAAAGAAUGGUUAAUUCAUGAGAAUACAUGCCCGGAAUACACGAUGUUACGAUUAAGUUUUAUCCACUGGUUUAAACUUUAAAUAAGUGGUCAAACGAGUCAGAUUAUGGAAGAGGUGGAACCUCAGCCGAUGGAGCUGGUGGAAAUUGAAAUCAUGCCUGAGGAGGUGGUCGUCAAAUGUGAGGUGAUAGAAAUAUCUGAUGAAGAUGAGGCCCCAAAAAAGAAAAAACGGAAACGCAUUAUCCCAAAGAACCCCCAGUCCUGCCCGACCUGCGGCAAAGUGUUCCAAACCGGAUACGAGUUGAAGAAACACACACGCACGCACACAGGCGAACGGCCGUACAUGUGCACGACGUGCGGGAAGACGUACACGCAGCCGGGGCAUUUGAGUAUCCACGUGCUGUCCCAUACGGGGGUGAAGAACUUCAAUUGCGCGGAAUGUGGGGCGUCGUUUUAUAGGAAGGCGGACCUGGACAGGCACGAGAAGAUACAUACGGGCGUGAAGCCAUACCAAUGUGAUGUAUGCUCGAAGAGUUUCACGCAGAAGAACAAUAUGUUGAUGCAUUAUAAGACCCACGUGGGGGACAAGCCGCACGAGUGCGCGGUCUGCGAGAAGCGGUUCAUCACCAGGAGCAAGCUGGUGCUGCACUCGAAGAAACACGAUAAGGAUAAAAAGAGGAAAAGUGAUUAUUUUAGUUGAGUAAAUGUUUUGAUAUUUU